AUGGCGCCCACCGCCGAGACGGUGCCGCUGCUGCUCGACGCGGACGACGAUGUCGCCACGGAGACGAGCAACGCGCGCUCGGCGUGGCGCGUCGGGGAGGACCACACCGGGGUGAGCGGCGGGAGGCGAUUUCGGCUGCUGCCCCGUCGCGAUCGGAUCAGCGUCCUCCGGGAAUACUUCGAGCAGAAGCACCGCGUGCAGAGGGCCAGCCGGUACAUGGAGGACGCGUUCUACGGUGUGAAGCGCGUGCACCCGAUGCAGACGCAGGAGGCGCAGUGGUGGUACAUCCUGCACCUGCGCGUCUCCUACGUUAUGACCGCCGUGGUCUGGGCCUACGUGCUGCUGACCUUCUUCGAGGAGCCGGUGUGGUGCGAGCGGAUGAAGGAGAAGACGGGGGAGGAGCCCUGCAGGGUGCACAACGGCCUGUACCCGGUCUUCAACAUCCCCUUCCUGACGCGCACGGCGGACAUGCUGCUGGAGCUGUUCUUCUUGUGCACCCUGUCCUUCAGCCUCUACCUAAUGUCGCGGGCCUACGGGCGGCAGCUGUACGAUGACAAGCUCAACGUGGCCUACGCCGCGCUGCUGGGCCUGGCCUUCCUGGACUUCCUGUGGGCCUACGCCACGCCGGUCACAUGGUUCCGACUCGCCCCGUACAUCCGGAUAGCCAUCCUGACGGUGAAGCAGCAGGAGAUCCAGGGCCAGCUGCUGGUCAUCUACAGGAUCUUGCCCGCCUUCGGAUCCAUAUGCUUCCUGUUCUUCCUGUUUCUGUUCCUGUUCGCCUGGUGCGGUUGCAUCAUGUUCACAGACGAGUCCAUGAAGAUCGAGAAGGAGAUAUUUUUUCCCAAUCUGUGGGAGGCGAUGUACACGUUGAUGAUUUUUCUCACCACCAACAAUUCUCCCAACAUGUUCCAGCCGGCAUUCAAGAUCAACCGUUGGGCAAUGUUGUAUUACGCCGUCUUUGCCCUGGUGGUGUUGUUCUUCGGCCUCAACAUGAUCACGGCCAUAAUCUACAAAGAGUACAACUCCAGCAGGGAGCGCGACGGUAAGAUGAGGAUGGCGAACCGCGAAGAGAAUCUGAGAGAAGCGUUCAAGCUGCUGGUGGACAAGGACAAUGGUAACAGGAUUGAUUCCAAGAAAAUCAUGGAGGUCUUCUGGGACAUGAACAACAAUGCAGAGAUGGACUACAUUGCGGAGGACAGUGCAAAGCUGCUUUUUGCUGCAGCAGACAGCGAUGGCGACAAUAUGCUGGACGAGAUUGAGUUUAUGGCACUGUGUGACGUCCUGAGGGUUCGCUUUGAGGAGGUCAAGCCCUUGAGAACAUUGGAGACCCGAUUCCCUCAGUGGUCCAAGGUGGAAUGGUUCAUGGACGCCUGCAAAUUUGUGAACAGCCAACAUUUCGAGUGGAUAAUCGACUUCCUGUUGAUGCUGAAUGCCAUCUUUGUGGCACUGGAAACGUCGCAGCCGCUGGGAUUCAAGGGGCUGCCACAGGGCAGUAACCCAUAUGCCAAUGUCAUAGAGCAGGUCUUCUCCUUCCUCUUUGUGUGUGAAGUGGUGGUGAAGGUCAUGGCCAAGAGCUGGCGGGGCUAUUGGAGCAGCGCAGGCAACAAGUUCGACUUCCUGAUCACCGUGGCCACUGUGUUGGCAAGCCUGUAUGUCUACUACCCCAAUGCCUUCAACAACAGCAACCUCAUCAAAUGGUUCCAGGUGCUGCGUGUCCUGAGGGCAGUCAGGUUCCUUGCAAGGAUGGAAGGCUUCAGGGCGAUCUGUGCCACAUUUGGGAAGAUGCUGGCCCCGGCAGCCCGCCUCCUCAAGGUGCUGUUCCUCAUCAUGUUUGUAUUCUCGGCGUUGGGGAUGCAGAUCUUUGGCGGACGGCUCACACGGGACCCUGACAGCAAGUACUAUACGAUGCUGAAGCAGGACGCACCUGAUUUCACAUUCCCCGACGACCGCUACGAUUUUAUAUCCCUCAACUUCAAUGACAUGUGGGGUGGCUACACCACCCUUCUGGUGUUCCUGGUGGCCAAUAACUGGGAUGUAUUGGUGGAGGGCUAUGUGUCUGUCACCAGUCUGUGGCUACGCCUGUACUUUGUUGCAUUCCAUUUCUUGGGUGUGUACCUCUGCCUGAACAUCGUGACAUCGUUUAUCAUUGAUACCGCCAUGGAGUUCUACAGCGAAAAUGAAGAGACUGGCAAUGAAGGAGAUUCGGUGGCUGGGGCAGCAGAUGGUGCUUCCAACGCUGCAGUGUUUGAGGCAGAGACUGUGACAGGAACUGUGACUGGCCUAAAAGGAAAGUAUCGUGCUGUCGUUGCCAACAAGGGAGAGUUGACAAAGGGCGCCCGAGAGAUAAUGAACAGGAUAGUCCACAGUAAGAGUAUGAGCAGGAUGGCAGAUGAAGAGUCUGGGGUGGUUGAUCCCUACGAUGAGAAUAUCUCCAGGCGCGAAGGCGAAGGCUCAGGGGGGGCAUCGUCGAGUGAUGCUUAUGCUUCCAACCUUCCUUGCUCGUAUUCGGCCCCAGACACUGCACGCCUGCUUGCUGAGGCUGGCAAGGAAGCCAGUGGGGUGCACUCUGAGGCAUUGAAGACCGAGUUGAGCCUGAAGGUGGAGGACAAUAUCCAGGGUGCUGGCGGAAGGGCAGAGAUUGAGCCAGCUAAAGGGCCAGCCGCAUCUGGUGGCAUGGGGGCAGACGGCUAUUCCACUGCUGGUGGACUUGGGCAAGAUCCGGCUGGUUUGAGUAAGCCCCCCUUGCCAGCUGCAGCUCGGGAUGUACAACCAUAG